AUGUGGCCACCUAUGAGAUUGGCUUUAUGUGAGGAUUUCAAUCAAAAUGAAGAAAUUCAAGAGAAUGUUUUCCUCAAAUACUUAAUUAUCAGGUACAUAUGGAGAAGUGGAGCUAUAUAUGGUAGUUUGCAUGAAGUUUCAUCAAGACAACUUCCAUCAUUUCCAUUACUCAAUGUUAAUAUUGGGAAUGGUAAGGACCAUUGGACAAAACCACUUUUUACUAAGCUCAAGAUCAAUGUCGACGGGGCAAUCUUUGAAAGUGAGACUCGAUUUGGCUUUGGCUUCAUAGUUAGAGACUCGGUUGGGAAACUCAUUCUUGCGGCUUCAGGGAGCAAAUUAGGUGCGGUUUCUCCUGAGAUUGCUGAAGUGGUGGGCAUGAAAGAAGUCUUGAGUUGGAUAAAGAGGAUGAAUGUAACAGAUGUGGAAAUUGAAACUGAUUCCUUAGUCACUGUUCAGGCUAUUAAUGGAUCAGUUCAAAUACCAUCUCAGUUUGGUUUGAUUGUUCAAGAUUGUCGUCUCUUGUUAUCUGAGUUACAAAAUGUUUUUAUUUCUUUUGUUAAACGAUCUGCAAAUAGGGCUGCUCAUUGUCUUGCAAGGCAAUCCUGUUUUAUGUCAGAUUGUAUGUUUGAUGAGUUUUCUGCUCCAUCAAAUUUGCUUUCAAUUGUAAGGGAUGAUAUUAUUUCAAGCUGAAUAAAACCUUACCCCUUUUCUCAAAAAAAAUAAAAGCAACUUAAAGCAUUAUUAUAAUUAUGUUGUUUUGUACAUGCUGCGACAAAAAGGAAUGCCAAUCUUAUUAAUUUCUCCAUGUUCUAGCUAUUAAUACAAACCAGAAAAAGAAAAACAUUUACUAAAACCCAC